AUGUUGGGUGCAAGGGCCCGAGCUGCCGAAUACAACGCCUACAAAGCUGCCACUGCCAGGCAAGCCAGCCGCGAAGCCGAAGAACAGAGAUCGCCUCCCAAACCUGUUCCUGUCUCCCUCAGUGCGUUCACCAAGAACCCCUUCCCAAACCGCAAUAAGGGCAAUAAGGCCUGGGUUCCGCUGAUCCUUGAAGAUACCCCCGAACGCGAUCGUACUCCCUCUUCCCAUCAUGAUCAGGACACCAUGUCCACGCCUACUCGUCAAACAGUACGCGUCUUCGGUGAGAGUGAUGAGUCGAGACCAAGAUCACUUAUUCCACCUGCCCCAGAGCUCCAGUCGGUCCGCGUCAACCUUCCUGAUGCCCCUGCUCAUACCACUCGUCAAUUCAAUGUUCAGAAUCAUGAUUACUCUGCCCGACUGCUGAAUCCAACACCUCGAAGAAUUCAACCACAUUCUAUUCUCCAACAGAAUUACCACAACCCCUCUUCCAGCAUCAAGGCAACUCCAGCUAACCAUGCACCCUCGAAUUUGUACCCAACCUCCAAUCAAUUCGUUCACCCUAUUUUUGCUUACGGGCCCGUGAUGGUUCCCGAUGAUAUUAGCCCAGCGAAGCAAGAGAACAAGUUGGCGAUCUUAUCUCAAGCGUACAACGGCCCAGCGUCAAGCCUUAGCCAGACUCAACAGCAGUUUCCUGGGACCCCUCACUUCGAGAAUACUGCAACACUUCCGCACUAUCCAUCCAACCAUCAUGGAGAUGCCCCUCCAGCCUGGCUGCUCACACAAGAGUUUACCGGCGAGACAGAAUGUCGCUUGCACCGAUCAGCAUUCCCAAACACGAACUCUGACUCAUUGGCUCGUGCAGAUGGGGAACUCUUCAAUAGUGCACUACCUUCAAUGACUGCAAUCGAACACCAUGCAUCCUACCCCGAAACUGACUCUUCAACUUUCGGCAGACCACAAACAAUUUCGUACACUGCAGACUUCACCCCUCUGCGACCAGGACCACUCUCUGUCAAUUUACCAAACGAGGAGCCAUAUGACCGCAAGAGAAAGAUGCAAAACUUUGUGGCCGUGCAACAAGCCUUAGCGAAGACUAGCAAGACUGUUCUACACAAUCCAAAGUUGCAUCGCAACAAGGUCGAGAAUGACUUAACUGAUGCUCGACAUAAGCAAGACUUGUCUUCUGAGGUACAGCUAACCAAGCGGCAUCAUAUGUCACUACACAUUCUAAAGCCACCCCCCGGGCUGGAGUCACAGUAUGCUAGCAGACCCAUACUUCCAUUCGAUACCCCAGGUGGAGACGUCGAUACCCCAACCUAUGAAGAACUUCGAAGAGGUUUUGAUGUUGGUUCAUCUGAUUGGCUUGAGCUGAGGCCUGUGACCAAGAUGGAACGUACGCGAAUGACCAGAAUGAUGAAAUUGUGUUCCACGGUCGAAGAUGUCGACAGCCCUCAGGCUCUUACCGACAAGUUUUCUACGAUUCGACUCAGAGGAGUUUACAGCAGCGCAGAGGGCAUCAACCCCGGCACAAGGUUGGCGAGAGAAGCAGUCAACCAGAUUGCUAAAGAUUAUCUUGCCAGCAGACUCUUACAAUUAACUACAAACGAAGAUGGCAUUUCUAGCUGCGAGUCGGGGAUCGCUGAGAUUGAGAGCGCAUCAAUAGGUGCUGUUGGCAACAUAUUAGUCAACAUGAAAGCAUCGACUGAGUUGAGCGGGAAUGAAGAUGACGAUGUUGGAUACUUUUCCAAAUACAGACCCGCCCCAGAGUACGCAAUUGAGAGAGUAAGGCUACUGGCUGGCAACUCGGGGAAUGUAAGCUAUUUCGAAGAGGAAACCGGUGGUUUUUACAAUGCUCCUAGCAGAAUCGCGCGAGACCCAAGAUUCCGACCGGCGAGUAAAGAGGGGUUGAAGAGCAAAGUGAACGACGAAUGGAAGAUUCGGCACGAUCUGUAUGGUCGAAGACGACUAUGA